UGUAUUUCAAUUUGGUUUGGCUAUUACUCUCGACCCACAAACGCCUUGAUAAGAAGAAUGUCACUCACGCUCUUUUCUGCUUUUGUUUUCUUUGUGCUGUUAGUCUCCCCCGCCUUCGUUAAUGCCGAGACGCACAUCGUCAAGUUUGACAACCAAUGUGGCUACGGCACGCCUCAAUUGAUCCAAGGUAACGACGUAUUGACAACUACCGAAUAUACGUUCAACGAGCCGUAUUCUGGAAUCGCCUAUCUUCAGACCGGCGGCUGUGGAUUUAAUGGAGAAUAUUGCGGUAUCGUUGAGAUGACAUUGGAUAAUCCCACUGUCAGUGGUAGCGGGGCGUCUGCGGACAUUUCUUACAUUCCUCCGCUGGCGUAUUCGGUCCCCUACAAAUUUGAGUUUUACGGAGGCUGUGAUGGAGAGGGAGCAAGUUGUAAUUCCAGUGCCUGCUCUGAGGCUUUCUAUGAGCCCGACCAGACUUAUGUUCAAGUUGCCUGCCAGAAUGAUGAUGUCAAUAUCCUCAUCACGUUCUGUGAAGGCGGCGAGUCCAAUACUUCAAUUGAAACUGGGUCAACUGCAGUGGAUGUAAUGUUGACUUCUACUGCAAGCUCAACCUCUUCAGCCCAGGUCGGGAUUAGUUCUAAUGUUUUGCCAACGACGGUAGUUAAUGGCGACAGCGCAACACCAUCGGUGUUUUCGACGACUGCUACUGCACCUUUCAUUUCUUCCGGCUCUAGCUCUAGGAGGUGCAACGAUAAUCGCAGGCGACGCUCUAGCAACCUGUCUGAAAGCCUCAAAGGUCAUCGUCGCCGUUCUCCCAUUUCACGGUUUUAAGGGUGCUCAAGCCAUGUUUGUUACUUAUGGUCUGACUCACCACUUCUCUGCUUGCACACUGCUGCUCCCUCUGUGAUUUUUGCUCUAGUCGCUUGGGCUACUUUUGUAUUACUUGUUUGUUGUUCAUUGAUCGUAAUGAGUUUGAUGCUGCACCUGCAUUUCUCCUACCAAUCUUGCGGUCUUGUGAUGGUGUACUUUACAAGCUGUGAUCGGAACUGGACGUGAUGGAGGAGAUACUCAAGCGUCAGUCGAAAGUAGAGAUUUGCUCAGAUUUGCCCUUGAGACUUUCAGCUGGCCGCUGC